AUGACAAGAGGCGAAGGAUGAAUGAGCCUCAGAGUAUGCGAGGAAGAAGAGUCGAGCGACAGAUGAGUUAGAACGUAAACAAAUCUGGAUUGAGUGAAAAUCCAACCAUCAUUUCCUCUGCUUUCAUUCAGGGACGUGUUCGUACAUUGCAUUGGUAACUCAUAACGCCAUAUGGAGCACGGCUGAGGGGAAGAAGAGGUGCAGUGGAAAAUAGUCACGUUAAUAAGCGUCAUUUCGUGAACCUUUUGCUAAUCUGCUGAGACCGUCUGACUGAAGGGUGACAAGAUCUUCCCCACAAUGGCAGGACGGGCCCUCAAACGCCUUAUGACGGAAUAUAAACAGUUGACACUGAAUCCUCCUGAAGGCAUCAUUGCUGGACCCACCAACGAGGAGAACUUCUUUGAAUGGGAAGCUCUUAUUGUGGGACCAGAAGGAACCUGCUUUGAGUGUGGAGUGUUUCCUGCCAAACUGAUCUUCCCUCCAGACUACCCACUGUCACCGCCCAAAAUGCAGUUCACUUGUGAAAUGUUUCAUCCAAACAUAUACUCAGAUGGACGAGUGUGCAUAUCCAUUCUGCAUGCUCCUGGUGACGACCCAAUGGGCUAUGAGACAAGUGCCGAGAGAUGGAGUCCUGUGCAGAGUGUGGAGAAGAUCCUGCUGUCUGUUGUCUCCAUGCUUGCAGAGCCCAAUGAUGAGAGCAGUGCCAAUGUGGAUGCUGCCAAGAUGUGGAGGGAUGACCGGGAUCAAUUCAACAGGAUCGCUGAAAGGCUGGUUCGCAAGACUCUCAACUUACCUCAUUCAUAGUGAAGUCUUUGGUAUGGUCUUUUUUUUAUUGUGUACAAGACUUCUCUCUCUUUCUUUACCUUUUGUCUUAUUGGCUUGCUCUUGGAGGAAGUAUCCCAUGAAGGAUGGAGAUGUAGUUAUAUUAAUAUACGUUAUCAUGAAUAUCAACAACUGCUGUGCAUCAACUAUUUGGUGUACUCCUUUUGGUAAGCAGGAUAGUGAUGAUGCUCUUCCAAUUUUGUGAAAUACUCUAGUGGUAGGAUUGAGAGGAAUGUUAUAUCCUGCAAGCUUUCAUUUUUGUGCUUAGGCCAUGUGCAGGGUGUGAAUUCUCCAGGGAAAUCUUCCUGAAUAGAUACAAAUGCCAAAAUGAAGUUUAUAGAUAAAUAUAAAAAAAAAAACUAUGCAUUCACCAAUAGGCUCAAUAUAAGAUGCUUAAGUUUUCCCCCAUGCUGCAAAACUUGUUUUUGUUGUUAACCUUUAUUUUAAACAAUGAUACAUAUCACUCAAGAGCAUUGGCAAGAUAAAAGAAUCAUUUAAUAAUGAUGUUAAAUAACAAGUUUCUAAAUAUUCUUCACACUACUCUGCAUUAAAUAACAGACAAUCAUAGUUUUAUACAGUCUUGUAACUCCUGAAGGCAUAACUUCCUAAAUAAUGAUUGUGCAAUAAACAUAUUAUAGAAUGGGAAGAACAGCUUUUUUUUAAAUUUUGGUUUUUUAUUUAUGGAAACAACAGACACAUCAUACGUGCUUUUUUCAUCUUUAAUGUGUAUUUCAUCACACUCACACAUACAUACGUACUUCACCAACAUAAAUCUUCAAAGCUUUGAGAACUAGGGUAACAAAGUUCAAAUAUAGAUAAAAGUAAUGUUCUUUAAGUUACCUACAUAUACAUCUCAAAACCAUCUUCUGCAAUAAUACAAUACCAUUUAUUGAUAUACAUACAUAAAUUACCACUGACCUUGUCUUUUCUCCCCACCCACCCUUAAAAGACCACCACCAACAUCCUAAAAACAACUAACAACUUUACUAUGACUUAUCCUUUCGUUUAUUGGCCCGUGACCUCAUCUUGGGUUGUGUGGAUUGACACUGCCCUUGACCUGAGCUGCCACCACCAAAGAUUGAGGUCAUGAUUUCAGAGAGUUCUGGGGUGUCCAUCUUUGGCAUCUGUAUCUGUUCCAUCUCUUUGCGGGUUUCUGGGUCAUUGAGGCGGGGCAGGAUCAUCAUGAGCACCAGGGGCAGAACAGUCAUUAGCACCAUAGGGUUCAUCAGUGUGUCCGUAAGACGCCACUGCUCCCGUUGCAUGAAGUAGCGGUAGGGACCCAGGCUCUUCAUCCGCAGAGGGUGGGGCAUCUGUGAUAGUCAGGUUUCAUGGUUAUAGUUAGGACAUACAUCUUCUGUUAUUUGUGCUUUUGAUCAAUCUAUCUGGAAUUUCAUCCAGGUACUUGCAGUAUUCAGAUUUCAUGAUAAGUAAUAAUAUAUUUAUGAUUUGUAUAUUGUAAUACUCAAUGUUUGAAAUGCUUAUAAAGUGUCUCAAACAUUCUGACUUCAAAAUGACAAACAUUUAAUUGUUCAAGGAAAACAAUUAAGAAUUUUAUUUAUUUUCAUAACAUUAAGACAAAGCAUGGAAAAUACUGAAUAAAUAUUAAAGAAUAUA